AGUGUGGUGGUAAAUACUGUGGUUUUUCGUGAUUUUAAAGUGUUUUUUGUUGGUUUGAAAGUGGAUAAAAAGUGAAAAAGUUUAAUUUUUGAUUACAAUGGGUUAUUAAAACAAUUGCCUAAUAAGACUAAGUAUUCGAUCAUAGCGGAUAGCGAACACAUGUUGGGCUCAAAAAAUCGACAAAAAUUGAGACAUCUACCGGGGAAAUUGUAAAUUACGGUUAAUUUUGGAGAUCAGAGGUCAAAGCAGUGAUUAGAUAUCUAUCUAAUUCCUUAAGAAAACAACAAUUACAUAAAAAAUUGCCACGUUGAAACAUGGCUUCCGCAGCGUCUUUAAUUAAAUACACAAAGUUGUUUAUAAACAACGAAUUUGUGGACUCUGUGAGUAAAAAAACCUUCCCAACUCUGAACCCCACAAAUGGGGCCAAAAUCAUCGACAUUUCCGAGGGGGACAAGGAAGACAUUGACAAGGCGGUCCAAGCGGCUAAAGCAGCCUUUUCCAGAGGCGCCCCAUGGCGCAAAAUGGAUGCCUCAACCCGAGGCAAACUCAUAAUCAAGCUCGCCGACUUGAUCGAACGCGAUAUUAACACGCUCGCAAAGCUGGAAACCCUUGAUAACGGCAAACCCUUAUCAGACUCAACGCUCGAUAUCCAGUGCAGCAUCGACGUCUUGCGCUACUAUGGGGGCUAUUGCGACAAAAUCCACGGUAACACAAUCCCCGCAGACGGCGAUUGUCUCUCCCUCACCCGCAAGGAGCCGGUCGGCGUCGUGGGCCAGAUCAUCCCCUGGAACUACCCCAUCAUGAUGCAGAUCUGGAAAUGGGGCCCCGCCCUGGCCGCUGGCUGCACCAUGGUGCUGAAGCCGGCCGAGCAGACCCCCAUCACGGCCCUCGCGUUGGCGGCCCUGGUCAAAGAGGCGGGGUUUCCCCCGGGGGUGGUGAACGUGGUCCCCGGGUACGGGCCCACGGCGGGGGCGGCCCUAGCCCUCCACAAAGACGUCAAUAAAGUGGCUUUCACCGGAUCCACAAUUGUCGGCAAAAAAAUCAUGGAGUAUAGCGCGCAGUCGAACUUGAAACGUGUGAGUCUCGAGCUGGGGGGCAAGAGCCCCCUUGUGGUCUUCAAUGACGCUGAUUUGGAUGAGGCGGUGGAAAUCGCCCAUAAUGCGAUUUUUGGCAACCACGGCCAGAAUUGUUGUGCCGGUUCCCGUACUUUUGUUCAAUCUGGAAUUUACGAUGCUUUUGUACAAAAAGCGGUCCAAAAGGCCAAGCUGCGUAAAGUUGGCGAUCCAUUUGACCCCAAUGUGCAACAAGGGCCUCAAAUUGAUAAGCCAUCGCUUGAUAAAAUCUUGCGUUUGAUUGAUUCGGGGAAGAAGGAAGGGGCGAAAUUGGAAAUCGGGGGUUCCCGGAUCGGGACUGAGGGGUAUUUCGUCGAACCGACUGUCUUUUCGAAUGUUACUGAUGCUAUGAGCAUUGCCAAAGAAGAGAUUUUUGGCCCUGUGCAAAGCAUUUUGAAAUUUGAGACCCUGGAGGAGGUUAUUGAAAGGGCCAAUGACACGUAUUACGGUUUGGCGGCUGGGGUUAUCACCAAAAAUAUUGAUACGGCCCUGACAUUCGCCCAAGCGGUCCAAGCCGGUUCUGUUUGGGUGAACUGUUACGACUACAUCACGCCACAAACGCCGUUCGGGGGCUACAAAAUGUCCGGAAUCGGGCGUGAAAUGGGGGCCGAGUCACUAGACGCGUACGUGGAAACCAAAACAAUUUCCAUCAAACUGCCAACUAAGGUCUAAAACUUUUCAUUUUCGUAAAAAGCAGAAUCUCAAUAAAAUUUUGUUUUAUUUCUCUUAUUAAUUAAUAAACAAGCAACUACAA